AUGAAGCUCCUACUGGUAUUCACAUUGGCUGUACUCAUUGCCCACGUUGCAGUGGCCCAAGAACCCACCGAUGACGACUAUGAGGAGGAUUUCGAUGGUGGAGACGAUACUGAUGUCGAUUCUGGAAGCGAUUCAACUGAUGACAACGGUUCGGGUAGUGAGGUAGAUGGAAAUGGUGAUGAUGCUGGUGAUUAUACUGGUGACGAUACCGGCGAUGACACCGAUGACAUGACUCCUGCUCCGGCUAAAAAGCCCAACAACAACUCCACCAAGAAGGGCAGAAGGAAUGGAGCUCGUAGAAACAACAACAACAACAAUAGGGGCACUAAGACCAACGCAGCGGCCAAACGUCGUGCGGCUAAUAAAAAGACGGCCAAGAAGCAGGCACCUGUUGCGGCCAGGAAGCGUAACAAUGCGGUCGCUAAUAGACGCCGUCGCUCUGGUUAA